UUUGGGAUCAGCUAUAAUGGGAUCGGCUGUAGGGUCCAGCUACUGUGGGAUUGACUGUAAUGGGAUCGGCUAUUAUGGGAUAGGCUGCAACAGUUUUGGAUGUAGGGACCAGCUGUAACAGGACUGACCAUAACUUGGAAUGGGAUCAACUGUAACGGGAUCGACUGUGAUGGGAUCGGUGGUAGGGACUCACACACAGAGUGAACCCUCCAUAUGGUCACAGCCCCCAGAGAAUGACCCCCUAUAGGGUCACAGCUCCCACAGAGUGACCCCCCACCACAGAGUGACCCCUAUAGGGUCAGCCCCCCCGUCCAGGGUGGACCCUCCUUUCCGGCUGCCCCCCUGGACCUCCCAGCCGCCAGGGGGCGCUCUCCGCUCCCAGCAAAUCGCGGCUCCCUCCCCUGCCCUGGCGGCAGCACUUCCGGCAGCGCUGCCGCCGCUCACUUCCGCUUCCGCUGCUUCCCCCUCGCUGCCGCCGCGGAGCCCGGGAGAGCCGCGCGCGCUCGGGAGGCUCGGGGUUCCAUUUCCGCUUCCGGUGCGGCGGCCGGGCCGGCUGAGGCAAGAGAAGCGGCGGCGGCUCCGGACCCUGCUCCGCUCCCGGACCGGGCUCUUCCCUCUCCCGCUGCCCUCACACCCGACUCCGCCACCACUGGGCCUUUUCCCGUGCCCGGUCCUGCCGCUGCCCGGGGCCGAGGCGGCGGCGCUGCCCUCCAUGAGGAUGGAGGCCCGGGAGGCGGCGCGGGCCCGGCCCGGCCCGGCCUUCAAGAGUUUCGGCGCCGAGAGCAAGUUUUUCCUCCCCAAACUCAGCAGCUUCUCCUGCCCUGCUGGGAACUCCUCCUGCUCCCUCAGCUACACCCCAGAAAUUCCUGAAAGAUUCCCAGGAGCCAACGGGCAGUGGAGGAGCUCCAAGCCCAGGGGGAGCCGAGGCUCCUUCCUGGAGACCCGUAAAAAUCCCAGGAUUUACAACAAACCUGCGGUGUUUUUCCCUCCUUCCAGCGGGAACCCCAGCACUUUUGGGGGAAAAUCCGCCCUCCAUGGAGCCUCCUUCCCCCUGAAGCCGGCCCCGAGCCCCUCCUGGAGCCGCCGCAGCCCCAAGAAGGCCCCGCGGCGCUUCCUGAGCGCGGCCGAGGAGACGGUGCGGGAGGAGGAGCGGGAGAUUUACCGGCAGCUGCUGCAGAUGGUGACUGGGAAGAGGUUCUCCAGCUGCAAACCCUCCCCGCUGCUCCCCUUCCACCUCUCCCGCUGUCCCCGUUCUGGCCCCUCCCUGCCCCAGGAGGCUCCCAGGGAUGAUCCCGAGGCACUGGAAAUUCACAAAGUUCCAGCUCCUGUUCCACAUUCCCCGGAGCCACCCCAGAAUUCCCAAAAUCCCCCCCUGGGCCCCUCUCCAGGGUUUCCUGGGGAGUUCCAGCCCCGGAAUUCUGCGGCUCCGCACCAGCGGGAGGAAGAGCCAGGAGCUGAGGCACAGAGUGAAGGGUCAGAUUCUGUCAUUUUGCUCAAGGUCAAGGAUUCCAGAACUCCGGCUCCAAGCCUCCCCUUUUUCCAGGCUGAGCUAUGGAUCAAAGAGCUGACCAGUGUCUAUGAUUCCCGAGCCAGAGAGAGGUGGAGGCAAAUAGAGGAGCAGAAAGCUCUGGCCCUGCAGCUCCAGAGCCAGCGGCUGCAGGAGCAGGAGCGCUCGGUGCAGGAGCUGGUGGAUCUGCACCUGCGCGUGCCCCUGGAGAAGGAGAUCCCGGUGGCCGUGGGGCCCGAGGGGCUGGAGCGCGCCCGGCCCGGCCAGGGCGACGACGACUUCCCCGAGAUCACCGAGGAAAUGGAGAAGGAAAUCAAGAGCCUUUUCCGAGGAGGGAACCAGGACGAGGUGCUGAGCGAGGCUUUCCGCCUGACCAUCACCAGGAAGGACAUCCAGACCCUCAACAACCUCAACUGGCUCAACGACGAGAUUAUAAAUUUCUACAUGAAUUUGCUGAUGGAGAGGAGCAAGGACAAGGAUUUGCCUGCAGUCCACGCCUUCAACACCUUUUUCUUCACCAAAUUAAAGACUGCAGGGUACCAAGCUGUGAAAAGAUGGACAAAAAAAGUGGAUAUUUUCUCUGUGGAUCUGCUCCUGGUGCCCAUCCACCUGGGAGUGCACUGGUGCCUGGCUGUCGUGGAUUUCAGGAAAAAAACCAUCACCUACUACGAUUCCAUGGGAGGGAUCAACAGUGAGGCCUGCAGGAUCCUGCUGCAGUACCUGAAACAGGAAAGUUUGGAUAAGAAAAGGAAGGAAUUUGACACCAACGGAUGGGCCCUGCUGAGCAAGAAGAGCCAGGAGAUCCCGCAGCAGAUGAACGGCAGCGACUGCGGGAUGUUCGCCUGCCGCUACGCCGAGUGCAUCUCCAAGGACAAACCCAUCAACUUCACUCAGCAACACAUGCCCUACUUCAGGAAGAGGAUGGCCUGGGAAAUCUUGCACAGGAAGCUCCUCUGAUGCCAGAAAAAUCCUGAAAUUCCAAAGAUUUGGAUCAGAAGAAUCCCAGGAUUCUCCUGGGGACGCAGCCAAGGAACUCCGGGUCCUGCUCCUCCCAAAACCCCCCCGGAUUCGGGGGGAAUAGAAAAGUUUGGAAGCACAGCUGGGAACUUUGGGAGUUUCUUUCCCUCUUUUUUGAGAUUCCAGGAUGGAUUUUCCCGCUUUUCCAUCUGCUGGGUUGGGGAAAUUUGGGAAUUUUGGGCUUUUUGGAGCUGGAUUUUCGGGAAAAGGGAGGAGCCUCCGUGGAUUUGUGUUGGGAAAAUCUGGAUUUGGGAAAAGCAGGGGAAAGGUUUGGUUCUGGAGGGAAUUUUUGGGGAUCAUUCCCAUUUUUUCCACCUCACUCCCAAAGUUUGUGGAUUUUACCCAUAGGAAAACUUGGAUUGGAAUCCCUGGGAAUAAUUCCUGCUUAAAUCCUGUUUUUUCUUCCCAAAUCCCCACUUUUGGGUGAUUUUUCCAGGAUUAAGCUUUGGAAUGUCAGAAUUCCUCUGGAUUUACACCCAAACUUUGCUUUUCCAAGGGAUAAAUCCCAAAACCUGAGCAAAAUCUGGGAUUUUUGGUGAAUUUUUGGGAAUUUUCCUUUCCCUUUCAGGCUGCUUCAUCCCAGCAGCUCCUGUUGCUUUUUCCAGUUGCUUUUCCCACGUUUUCCAUGAAGAAAUCCUCCCAAAUUGCAGGAACUGCAGAACCAUGGGAAAAACCCCAAAAUCCUGGAAUUCCUUCCAUUUUUUCCGAACAAUGCCAGGAUUUAUUUGGGGAGCUUUGCCCACCCCUUUCCCUGGAUUAAUUUAUUCCCAAAUUUUUUGGUCCUUCCGAAGCCUCUGGAUUUGCUCUUCCUGGUGGAAAAGAUGAUUUUUAAUAAGAAGAGUGGGGGAAAAUCCCAAGUUUUUGUAUUUUCCCUCUCCUGCAGGAGCUGGGAAUUUUUUCUAUUUUUCCCGAGCUGGGAGAUGAAGUUUUGUACCAAAUUCCCAAAUUUUUGGAGCCCCUUUUCCUGGUUUUUCCCAUCCCUUCGUGUCCCUUUGGAUCCCAAAUUCCCUCCCCUGUUUUAUACCAGAUUCAUUUCCUACUUUUUUUAUCUUUUAUUGAAAUUAAAGAUCUGAAAAAAAAAAAC